AUCGACGUCACAUCAGUGUUGCUGUGCGUACCAAACAAGAUGGCAGACGGUGUGUGUGCGGAAGGGACGGCUAAUAGUGUUAAGGAUUCUGUGGCGAAGCAGACUGUGGAUUUGCUCAGUAUUUCACGUAAAGAUUGUUUAAAUUCCAAUACAUUAAAAUCAUCGUUUUAUAUUCACGGUGACAGUGGAGAGUUGUGCUCGAGUUUUCGAAUCGAUGGCGUGGUGGGACUGGGUGUGCGCGCUUCUGCUAUGCUUUGUGGUGCUAGCUCGGAAUUUUGUACAAAUAAUGGAGAUAAUUGCAGGAAGAAGCGGUGUGCGGACAGAUACGACAGUUCCGAAAGCUCAGACAGGGACAGAGGAAUACCGCUGAAGACCUCGGUCAGGGUAGUCGGUUUCCGGGUCGAAUUCGAACCCGGGACCUCCCGAAUAUGAAGGAGUGCUGACCAGUCGCCCACGUAGUUGUCAAAGGCUCUGGGAUUUAACCACGUUUUCUAUUUUGGAUUUCGACCUUGGUUGAACAGAAGCAUCCCAGAGUGAUCGCAGGAUACGGAUGUAUAUUUAUUUCUUAAGUGGGCCUGCUCUUCGUGUAAUUGAAAAUAAUAAGUAAAUUCGAAGAUGUGCA